UAGGAUCCGAUGGCCGAGCUAAAUCUCAGGUCAAACACCUGUCUGCGUGGGGGCGUGACGUCACCGCAUUCAGCCCUGCAGUUGACCUGUCAGCGGUGAUGGAACGCUCCCUCGCCUCGAGCGUGGACAGAGUGUGGGAAACUCCGCGGCUUUAAGGACCCACGCGCAUUGUUAUGCAAAAAGGCUUCUAUAUCUUAUCUCUCUAUCUAUCUAUAGAGGCGGCUUGAGAGGAUACAGUCCAGAGGAGAGAAACCACGCAGCGCUGCCGUGCUCCAGAAUCAGGGAAGCCGCGCUCGACAGGCUAUUAUUUGAAUUUUUUUUUUUUAAAAAUAAGGAGAUUAUUUUUUAAAAUUAAAUUUUAAUGAAAAUGACCGCUUCAGGUUUGGCAAAUACUUCAGAGCGAAACUGCAGCGCGAAGGAGGAGAGAAAGCUGAGGAAGCCCUUGAUUGAAAGGAAGCGCCGAGAGCGAAUUAACUGCAGCUUGGACCAGCUCAAAGGGAUCAUGGUGGACGCGUACAACCUGGAUCAGUCCAAGCUGGAGAAAGCGGACGUGCUGGAAAUCACCGUGCAGCACAUGGAGGGGCUGCAGCGCGCCGGCCCGACCGCUGGUAAGGAGUGUGUCGAGGCGCAGCAGCGUUACAGCACGGGUUACAUCCAGUGCAUGCACGAGGUGCACAACAUGCUGCUCACCUGCCAGGGGCUGGACAAGAGCGUGGGCGCGCGCCUCCUCAACCACCUGCUGAAAUCCCUCCCCCAGAUCUCCAGCGAGUCAGCGGGGGCGCCGGGGCGAACACCGCCGAGACCCCCCUCACCCUCCUCCUCCUCCCUCCCCGCUUCACCGCUCUACCACGGCGUCCCUCCCUGCGGACCCAGUCCCCAGCCCUCUCCGCUCCGCCACUACAGCGGCAGGCAAGAUCUGGAAGUCAGUGGGAGCGAACUCAGGACGUCACCGCCGGGCUCGCCGCUGAGCGUCCCGUCACAUCCGGGAUUCCAGCCGUUUCCAAGCAACGACCGUUCCAUGUGGAGACCAUGGUAACGACAAUAAUAAAAAAAAUAAA